AUGAAAGACCAAGAAAUGAAGGAUGGAACGGCCGAGGCUCUACCCCCUCUUCAACUAAGUGGACAGAGCCAAGAAUCCGAACUAGUGAUGGAAGUGGACGUCCCAUCCUCGGCUCCUCACAGAUCCAUUUUUGAUUUCAAAGAACCUACCCCUGCUCUAAGUUCCAACCCAUUCACCCCAGCCUCGGCUCACCAAUCCAUUUUCGAGUUUAAGAAAGUCGGUACUUCAGCUUUUGCCCCGACCUCGGCUCAUCAAGCAUCAAUGUUCGAUUUUCAGCACGUGGGCACUUCAACGAAUGUGCUGCCUGUUUCCCUGUCCUCGGCUCAUCAGCCAUCGAUUUUCGAUUUCCAGAAGCCUGGCAGAUCUCCACCAGCCUCGGCUCGUCAGGCAUCGAUUUUUGAUUUUCAGCAAGUGGGCACUUCAACGAAUGUGCCGCCUGUUCCCCCGUCCUCGGCUCGUCAGCCAUCCAUUUUCGAUUUCCAAAAGCCUGACAUCCCUGCACCAGCCUCGGCUCGUCAGGCAUCGAUUUUUGAUUUUCAGCAAGUGGACACUUCAACGAAUGUGCCGCCUGUUCCCCCGUCCUCGGCUCGUCAGCCAUCCAUUUUCGAUUUCCAAAAGCCUAACAACCCUGCACCAGCCUCGGCUAAUAAAGGAUCCCCUUUCGAUUUUCAAGUCCAUCGUUCAUUUACCCCGGCCUCGGCUGUUCAGCCUUCCAUUGAUUUUCAAACACCUGGCACGUCUGCUCCAGCUCCUGCCUCUGACAAACCAGGCAUGUCUUCCCCUGGCGCCUCAAGGUCCAAUAGUACUCUGGGAUCACGGAAGUAUCUGACGAAAUCAUCAGAGGCCAAAUUACGACUCCAGGGCCAAGGAGGAGCUGCCAUUCUGCCAACUCGGCCAGGCGAUGCCUUCGUUUUCGGCCCGGCUCCUGUCUUCGUCUACACUCAAGAGAGGACAACACCACGCCCACCACCUUCGACCGAAUUGUUGGACUUGAUCCAAACUCCCCACGUGCAAGGGGUNUAUGUCGCAAGUACAAUAUCAAGGUUGUGUCUGAUGACAGCAUUGGUGAUCGCACGGGCGUGGUAG